AUGUCCAACCUUGGCUUCGAGAAGGCACGCUAUUUCAAUGGCACCUUGUUGCUCUCCGUCUUCAUUAUAGCCGUGUCGACGUUCAACUAUGGGUUUGACAACCAAGCUUUCGCCACAACUCAGUCCAUGGACUACUUUGCAAGGCAGUUCGGAGAACGCAACGCAAAGACCGGCGUAUAUGAGUUGCCAUCUGACUGGCUAGCCCUGUUCAACAGUUUGAAUUACAUUGGAUUCGCCGCUGGUGUCAUCAUCGGAAGUCAGGUCUCUUCGAUGUUCGGCCGUCGAUGGUGCAUGUUUGGUAUGAGCUGCUAUGCGCUAGUCACAGCGACCAUUGCAGUCACAUCGAAAUCGAGAGAGCAGAUCAUGGCAGCACGGAUUCUCAACUACAUUUAUGUUGGUAUCGAACUUGCCGUUGUACCCACAUUUCAAUCUGAGAUUGUUCCGGCCCCGGUCCGCGGUUUCGUUGUCGGUUCGUAUCAGAUGAGUCUUAUGGCCGGUGGUCUUGUAAUCAACGCGGUCUGCUACGGCACCGGUUUUAUCGAGAGCAAUCGGUCGUGGCAGAUUCCUCUCGGCCUCUUCUACAUUGUUCCGACAAUCAUUGCAGCCACCAUAUUCUUCGUGCCCGAGUCCCCAAGAUGGCUUCUUCGCAAGAACCGCACCGAUGAAGCCCGUAAAAUGCUUCAGAGACUUCGACAAGGGGCCUUCGCUGAAGAGCAGAUCAAUGCUGAAUUCGCGGAGCUUCGAAAUGCCCUUGAGAACGAGCCGGAGCAGGGAAAGUUCGUUGAGCUAUUCAAAGGCAAAAAUCUCAUUCGCACCGCCAUUGUGGUAGGCGUGAACUUCUUCCAGCAAGCGACUGGCCAGGCCUUCUCGUCGCAGUAUGGGGCGGUUUACGUGAAAACGCUCGGAAUCAUCAACCCUCGGCUCUUCAGUUUGAUCACGUCUGGGAUCGGCGUAACAAUCUGCUUUAUCUCACUAUACACGACCGACAAGAUGGGACGACGUGUUCAACUAAUGGCAUCAGCACUCAUCAUGGCAGGCGCUUUGUUCACCAUGGGAGGACUUGGUGUCCAGAGCCCCGUGCCAACCGCCAAUAUGCGUGGUAUCAUUUCAAUGAUUGCAGUCUUUGCAAUUGGUUUCGCAACAGGUUGGGGCCCGCUCACGUAUGUGGUUACCACCGAGGUUUCAUCACUGCGGCUUCGUGAUCUCAACUCUCGAGUCGGAUUCACCGUAAAUGUUGUAUUCAACUGGGCGGUUAAUUUCUCCAUCCCUUACCUUGUGUGGCCCGACAAGGCAGGCCUGGGAAGCAAGGUUGGCUUCAUCUUUGGGUCCAUCGCAAUUCUGGCACUUAUCUUUACGUACACGUGUGUGCCUGAGUGUAAAGGUAAAACGCUUGAGCAAGUGGAUUGGCUAUUCAACAACGAUGUGCCAUUACGCAAGUUUGGGCAAACUGAAGUUCCAGCCAAUCUGGAGACCGCUCACGCGUACAGUAAGGGGAUUGAAAGGGAGGGCGAUGUUGAACAUGGGCGAAACAGCCAGGUUUCCAAGGGGGACAGCCUGUGA